CUUUGCUAAGAACUGUAGUGUUUUUCGCGCUCGGGACACUACAAAUUAAUGGCGAGUCCGACCUUGGCAAUAGGGUAUCAUACUUCGAAGCAGACUGUACUUGGUUUCACUCGGCGGACAACACUGCGCCCACGGACAUCAGCUGUGCGAGUCUCUGCAGUUUCUCACUUCCACAACACUACUUCUUGCAAAAUGCCGUCAAAGCAGGAGCGCAAAAAUCCUCAUUUUGGACACCUUCCGCUGUCCACUUCUGGGCCACAGGAGUGUGCCUUGACUGGCUCCGCGCUUCUCCGCUCUCCAUAUCUGAAUAAAGGAUCGGCCUUUACGCCUGAAGAGCGCAAAGACUUUGGUCUCUAUGGGCUGUUGCCCGCAAAUAUCCAGUCGCUGGAGGAGCAGGUGCGGCGCGCAUAUCAGCAGUAUCAAAGCUGCCCGGAUAACUUGGCCAAAAAUACAUUCAUGACGAGCAUGAAAGAGCAGAAUGAGGUUUUGUACUACAAGCUUAUUCUAGACCAUUUGAAAGAAAUGUUUCCCAUCAUUUAUACCCCGACGGAAGGAGAGGCUAUUCAGAAUUAUUCCCGUCUGUUUAGAAGGCCGGACGGGUGCUUCUUAAACAUUGAAGAUCAGGACCGUGUCGAGGGGGACCUCGCCCAGUGGGGAGACCCAGAAGAUAUUGAUUACAUUGUUGUUACGGAUGGCGAGCAGAUUCUCGGUAUUGGAGAUCAAGGUGUCGGAGGUAUCCUGAUUUCCGUCGCGAAGCUGGUGAUUACAACGCUCUGCGCUGGUAUCCAUCCAUCAAGGAGCUUGCCUGUUGUUCUUGAUUGUGGAACGGAUAACGAAGAGCUGCUCAAUGACGAGCUUUAUCUGGGACUACGCCAAAAACGUGUGCGGGGCAAAAAGUAUGACGCCUUUGUGGACAAGUUUGUCCAAUCUGCGCAAAAGCUAUACCCGCGGGCUUAUAUCCAUUUCGAGGACUUUGGGCUGCCUAAUGCUCGACGGAUUCUUGACAAGUACAGCAGUCAGAUUCCUUGCUUCAACGACGACGUGCAAGGGACCGGAUGUGUCACCCUUGCUGCCAUCAUGAGUGGUCUCCAUGUGAGCAAGCAGAAGCUGGCCGACCUGAGAAUAGUCAUGUUUGGUGCAGGCACUGCGGGUACCGGUAUCGCAGACCAGAUUCGCGAUGCCAUUGCGACGGAUGCUGGGAAAUCCAAGGAGGAAGCCGCAAAGCAAAUCUGGUGUGUGGACAAGCCAGGUGUGCUACUAAAAUCCCAGAAGGACAAGCUUACUCACGGUCAAAUUUUGUAUGCGCGUGACGAUGCCGAGUGGGAAGGCAAAAAGCACGACAAUCUACUCGAGAUUGUCAAAGAGGUCAAACCGAAUGUGCUUAUUGGCACCUCGACGAAGCCGAAAGCCUUUACGGAAGAAGUCAUCAAGGAAAUGGCCAAACAUGUUGAACGCCCCCUUGUGUUCCCCUUGAGCAACCCUACCAAGCUCCACGAGGCCGAUCCGAAAGACAUCAAUGCUUGGACAGAUGGCAAGGCUCUCAUUGCAACUGGCAGCCCAUUCCCGCCCGUCGAGCAUGGUGGCAAAAAGUAUGAAGUUGCUGAAUGCAACAACUCUACUUGCUUCCCUGGAAUUGGACUCGGCGCCGUCCUUUCCCGGACCAAGCUGUUAUCUGAGAAAAUGCUCGUCGCUGCUAUCAAAGCGCUCGCUGCUCAAUCCCCAGCACUGAAAGAUCCUAAUCGGGGUCUGCUCCCUGAUGUCGUCGAUGUGCGAGAAAUCAGUGUGCACAUUGCAAAGGCCGUUAUCAAGCAAUCUGUUGAAGAAGGCCUGGCGCGCGAAGAGGGUAUCCCAUCUGAUGAUCAUGCGCUUGAGGAAUGGGUUCGAGAGCAGAUGUGGGAUCCUGCAUAUAGACCCUUGAAGCGCGUCGAUUGGGAUCAUACCAGCAAGCUUGGAAAAGGCGAGCUUGGC